AUGAAGAUUGUCGAAUUUAGGCUCCCAGUUCCGGUUGGACUCCCUGAGUACAAGAAAUUGUGUAUAUUUCUGGUUGUCGAGGCGAGUCUGAACGAAAUUGAGAACGGAACUGGCCUGGAAGUCUUUAGAAAUGAAACGUUUGAACAAGAUGGUAAAAAGGGCUCUUACACAGAAAAGAGAUACCACCUGGCAAAGAGCAUGCCAAACUGGAUGCAGUCUAUCAUCAGCCCAAAGUAUACCAUCUUGACAGAGCGAUCGUGGAACAUGUAUCCCUUAUCGAUAACAAAGUAUCAGAACGAGGCGCUGUCCAGCGUUGAGUUUAGUGUACAGACGGAGGUUGUUGCAAGCCUCCAAAUACAAGAUAACAUUUUUGGACUAGAAGGAAAAGAUUUAAAAAAAAGAAGCAUUGUACUGAUAGACAUUGCAAAGUUUAACAAGUCAAAGUCUUACAAUGCUUCCUACGAUCUAACAUUGAAGGAGGAUAAAAGCAUAGGCUUUCUUCCCUUGAAGCCAGAUUGGUUUUUAAACUACACCGGGGAGGCUAUAAUGUGUUACAAGCUCAUUCGAAUAAACAUUCCCUACUUUGGAUUAUUGGCCUCCAAAAUUGAAACUUACAUUGCCAACAUGCUCCAGGAUAAGCUUAUGUUCUACACCUGUUCGGCACUCUGUACAAUGGAAAAAUGGUAUGAUGUCCCAUUAAGGAUGUUAAAAAAGUCUGAAGUUGAAUGCUAUGAUCAACUCAACCAGAGAUUCAAAGAGAUGGAGAUUAGCAGCGCCGGUGCCCCCUCUGCUGACACUGGGGAAAUUACCAUUCCAUCCGAACUCUAUAGGGAUUAUCCCGUUCCAUACGUUUUUGACGAUGAUGAAGAGGGAAACGAGCUGAAAACCAAGGAGAGGGAUGAUGGACAAGAUGAAAAAGAUGAGGAAACCAUUUUGGAGCCGGAAAAAGAGACCUUGCCAAUAGCAGAUCCUGACGAAUCCAGUGUCUAUAAAAAUGCUCAAGUCAUACAUUCCAAGCUGCAAGAUUUACAACCAACGCUUCGUCUUGAUUCUCCAUACUCCAACAUGGACAAACUUUGCAAACCUAUAAUAGAUCCCAUGGAAAACAUGUCUUCUGUAGAUAGUGUGAAUUCUGUCAUUAUAAACAAUGCAAAUAUAGCAGAAAUGUGUGCAGAGGAUGCACUUUGUGAAUCUUUUGUAAACGAUCUUACGCCUACAGCGUUGGAACUAUAUGGCCCGGUAGCAAUUCCCAACGUACAAGAGGCUGUGGAACCCUCUGAACAAAAUGUGGAUGAAUCAGACUCUGAGUUUAAAGAUGCUCUAGAAACUUUUGAUGACUUGUCAGACGAACGAACAGAACCUAGCGUUGACGUAGCACCCGCCACACUUGAAAAAUCGCAUGCUGCCUCUACGGAGGAUGUUUGCUAUCCAGAACAUGUUUGUUCUUCAGAGGAUAGUGAUUCUGUUCCUGAAGAUGAGAAACCUGUAGGUUCAAAUGAUGGUGAUUUGUCCAGUGAUGCCAAUGACCCUCCACAAGAGGAGGAUAUCGCAAAGAUUGAGACGGACGGAGAUUCUAAUGUGGCUUCAGAGCCUCAAGAGAGUGACAGUGAUCCCGAUAAUGCCAUGGUUGUACGUACGCAACCGGCCAGACACAUUGAACCAUCACCUGAUACGCCAGCAACAUUUACUGGCUAUCUAUUCAAGCUCGGGAGAGGAUUUUCGUCAUGGAAUUGGAGUUUGCGGUAUAUUAUUGUAUGUGGUAUAAACAUGUACUAUUUCGAUAAUAAGGAUGAUAUAAAACCAAAGAAUACAAUUUGUAUACGGGAUUCUAGAAUUGCAUUUGUUGGCCCAUAUAUCAACAGAUCAUUUGUGUUUAGCAUAACAACAAAGAAUCGGAGUGUAUAUUACUUUAGUGCAGACGCUCAAGAUUCUGUAAAACGCUGGAUACUGCUCUUACAGGUGCUUUGCGAAGAGACUCCAAGUUCAAUAGUUAGGCAGCUGGCUUCAGAGUGGGCAUAUGAAGCGAAUGAAGAUAUUUAA